AUGCACAACAUCAAAUCCAUCGUUCUCCUUCCCCUCUUCUCAACUCUCACCUCUACCAUCUCCCUCCCAGCACGCAAGCGAGCCCUCCAACCCCUCCCCCUUUCCCGAGAUGGCCGCUGGAUUAUCGAUGCAAAUGGAGCUCAUGUCCCAUUUAUAGGUAUCAAUUGGCCAGGGGCAGGCGAAGUUAUAAUACCUGAAGGUUUACAGUAUCAAUCUAUUUCCCACAUCGUGUCCAAGAUUACGGACAUGGGGUUUAAUGUCGUGAGACUGACGUUUGCGAUUGAAAUGGUUGAUAAUACCGUGGAAGGUGGAGCUGACGUAGGAAUUGGGGAGGCGUUUCAAAGAGCUUUGGGAGCAGAGAACGGUAGUUUGGUCUUGGGACAGGUUCUGGAGAAGAACCCGGGGUUUACGGCUGAAACAACUAGGUUGCAGGUACUUUUGACGAUGUUUUUGAUCUUGUUUUCACGCUGAUGGAGGGCACUAAUAAUUCACAGGUCUUCGAUGCUAUCGCGCUUGAGUUGGCCAAUCAGAAUAUCUAUCUUCACUUGGACAAUCAUGUUUCUAAAGAAAUGUGGUGUUGCAGUCUCACAGAUGGUAACUCCUGGUUUGGAGAUACUUGGUUUAACACAGAUAAAUGGACUCGAGGACUGACCUACUCAUGUAGGUAAAGCCAUUUGAUACAUCUGAAUGGCAUUUGAAAGUCUGUCCUCAGGUAUUUGCUAUGAAAUCAACGACACUAAUAUUGCCAUAGGGAAAGGAAAACUGGCCAACCUUCACCUCCAUUGUCUCCGUAAUGGAUUACGCCCCUCGACUCUCUCCUUGUCAACUCUUGCCUCCUACACAGUAUGCAACAUGAAAUGUCUUCCAUUUUGACAAACAUCAAUUCUCACCCAUUAGCACAACAUCCCUAUCCAUACCCCCCCCGAAAGUUGAACCGCAAAAAGAUCUAUGCUAACUCGCACACAGUGGAAUACCUGGAAAACCAACAUGAUCACCGCCGCAACACAAAUUCACACCAACGCCCCCGACCUCCUCAUCUUCUUCUCAGGCCUAGAAUCAGACUUUAACAUCCAGCCCAUCGCCUCUGGCAGUACCCUCGUGGAACCUUCCUUCCACCUCGAUAUAGCCUCCUACCCCUUCGCCUCCAAGUUCGUCUUGGAAAUCCACGAGUAGGACGAGAGCAUCUCAGGGAAUUGCGCGGUGUACAAGGCCAUUUUGAAUACCUUUGGUAUGGAUGUCACUCAAAGGACUGGAGGCAAUGCGUCGGCACCGCUGGUGGUAAGUGAAUGGGGACACAGUAUGGAGGAUAGGGAUAGGGGAUGGGAGGGUGGGUAUAGUACGUGUCUGAGGGGGUUUAUGGUUGAGAGGAGGUUGGGGUGGAUGGUUUGGGUGCUUGCGNACAGUAUGGAGGAUAGGGAUAGGGGAUGGGAGGGUGGGUAUAGUACGUGUCUGAGGGGGUUUAUGGUUGAGAGGAGGUUGGGGUGGAUGGUUUGGGUGCUUGCGGGGAGCUAUUAUACGAGGGAGGGUGAGAGAGAUAGGGAUGAGGGUUAUGGUUGGUUCUGAGGCAUUGGGGUACUUUAGAUGGCUUGCUAAUACGAGACUAAUAGGUUUGUUGGACCAUACUUGGAGUGAUUAUCGGGGUGUUGAAUCUUCGGCUGCGGUAAGGAAGUUGGUGGAACAUAGUUAUGCUGCGUAUGCGUGA